GAGCGCAUUCAGCCGCUCACUAACGUGUCUCCGCGCGUUCUCGUUGACGGUCAGGUGAAGCAUGGCUAAGGUGCGUGAAUGUCUGCUGGAAUUCGCUAAACAAGCGAGAGAACUCUAUCUGAAUGAGUCUGUGUCCUAUUUGGAGUGCCCGCCAUCCCCACUUGAGUUUUACAGAGACUGGAUCACACCCAAUAAGCCAUGCAUCAUAAGAAAUGCUUUCAACCACUGGCCGGCCUUAACCAAGUGGAAUCCAUCAUACCUCAGGGAGAAGGUUGGCACAAAGAUCAUUAGUGUUGCUGUCACACCAAAUGGUUAUGCAGAUGCAGUAUUCCAGGGUCGAUUUGUGAUGCCUGAAGAGCGCCGCAUGCCCUUUGCCUCAUUUCUGGACAUAGUUGAGCAGAAAUGUAGUGCCAAUGGAGUUUUUUAUAUUCAAAAGCAGUGUUCCAAUUUGACAGAGGAGCUACCAGAGUUGGCUGGAGACCUGGAGACACAUAUUCCCUGGAUGAGUAAGGCCUUAGGCAAGAAGCCUGAUGCUGUGAAUUUUUGGAUGGGAGAAUCCGCUGCAAUCACAUCAAUGCACAAAGACCACUACGAGAACCUGUACUGCGUGAUAUCUGGAGAAAAGCAAUUUAUUCUCAUUCCUCCAUCGGAUCGACCAUUUGUUCCUUAUGAGUUGUACCAUCCAGCAACAUUCCAUGAGCAGGAAGAUGGUACAUUUAGUAUUGUGGAAGAAGAGUGUGUUGAUAAAGUUCCCUGGAUUCCUCUAGACCCUUUGAAUCCUGAUUUAGAGCAGUUUCCAGAAUAUCCUAAUGCAAGACCCCUGACUUGCACUGUAAAAGCAGGAGAGAUGAUGUUUCUACCAUCGCUAUGGUUUCAUCAUGUACAACAAUCUCAUGGCUGUAUCGCAGUGAACUUCUGGUAUGACAUGGAGUAUGACAUCAAAUACAAUUACUUCCAGCUACUGGAUUCCCUAUCUCAAGCUACAACUGAAUCAUAAAUGAUAUUCACCAGUGAUGGAGCACUAAAGGGGAUGACUGAAAACAACAUAAGCCAGAACAGAAAAAAGAAAUAUUUUAAACUAAAAUAAUCACCAGAGACUAAGGAAGCUGUUUCAUUGGAGGAGUGGAUAUGAAAAGAAACAAGUAAUUUUAUUAUUAAAAAGAGGUGGUUUCAGCCAGUAUAGAUCCAGCGUACAUCAUGUGUUUUCUGCUUGAUCAUGGUGUUGUAUUAAGCUUGGACCUGACUAAAAUGGUCAGCACUGUGCACUUGACAAUUUUUUAUAUAGGAAUUCUUUAGUUUUACACCUACAA